CAGAAAGAAAAUAAAUAAAUAGAAGAGAAUAUCAGAUAAGAUAAAGGGACAAACAGAGAACUUGCCUUUUGGCUAACAUUACAUUGCCAACAUUGAUAUUGAUUAAUGUGCAACAUAAAGUAGCAUAACAUAAGAUACUUUUUUUUUAUUAUGGCACAAAACACACUUUUUUUAGCUUUAACCGGGAGAAAGUCUGUCUUGCAGCCAGAACACACACAUAGACUUAGUCUAAACAUAUAGUAAUUAUAUAUAACAAAAUAUAUAAUAAAAGUGAUAAGCAAAGAGUUUUAUUGAAGCGGCAUAUGCAAAAUGCAUUGAGAAAAAAAACAUUUGCAAAAUAAAAUGAUCAUGACUUGUGCUAUUAUAUGUGCUGUAGCUGCAACGGGGUUGUGCCAAAUGGACGAUUAACUGAUUACCUGUACUCUGGUUGGAUGCAUUGAAAAGAUUGCAGAUGCUCGAAGAGCUGGAAAACCAAAGAAAGACACCCAGAUAUUGUGUGUGUGUGUGUGUGUGUGGUGUGUGUGCGUGUGUGUGUGCGUGUGUGUGUGCGUGUGGUGCGUGGUGCUGUAGAGAGGAGCUGCUGUCCAUGGUGCUGAAAUGGACCAGUGGCUAGAACCUAGAGGAACGGACAGCUUCAAGUGUGUGUGUGUGUGUGUGUGUAGCCACAGUAAAGGCUGUGUUUGCAUGUGAUGAUGGUGAGGACCCCAUCCUCACAUGAGUAAGCGCGCCUCCGCAAAAAAACCCAGAGAGGAACGACGAGGGCUGCAUUCCCAUUGACUGAGAGAGAGAGAGAGAGAGAGAGAGAGAGAGAGAGAGAGAGAGAGAGAGAGAGAGAGAGAGAGAGAGAAAGAGAGAGAGCAGCAGCACGGACUCCGCCUAUGCCGCCCUACCAUCCUACCAUCCAGCUCCAGCUUGUCGACGGCACCACAGCAGCCCAGCCCGACUGAUCCAGGCCCCCCUCAGCUCGACUCAACUCCCGGUGUGAUAGAACCGGAGAUGGGCUCUCCGUGAGUCCGGGUGGUGGAGGGCAGAGGCGGGCCGGCGGGGGGUGGUGGGGGGGAACGACGACGAGGAGAAGAGAGGAGUGUGGUGGGAGAAGAAGAAACACCCAGAGAGGACAAACAAAGCACAACCGAGGCUGCCUGCGACCAUGAGCGGCUCCUCGCACUCUUCUCCAGAGCUGCCGCUGCUGCUGCCGCUGCCGCCGCUCUGCCCGCGGACCGCGUCGUGAGGUGUGGCUCGGAAACGCUCCGGGAAACCUGUCAGCCGAAACGACUCGCCGAGGAGGAGGAGAAGGAGGAGGAGGUGUGGUGGUGGUGGUGGUGGAGAAGAUGUCCGCCUCGGUGGGGCCCCAGGGUGGCCCUCGCCCCCCCACCGCGCCGCCAGCCAUGCCGGAUCUGCCGGACCUCAGCCAUCUCACCGAGGAGGAGAGGAAGAUCAUCAUGGGUGUGAUGGCUCGGCAGAAGGAGGAGGAGGAUAAAGAACAAGCCAUGCUAAAAACACUGCACCAGCAGUUUGAGAGCUACAAACAGGAGGUGCGUCGCAUCGGGGCGGAGACGCGGCGUCAGCAGACCCAGCUGAAGGACGACGCGCCCACCUGCGGUAUCUGCCGCAAGACCAAGUUUGCCGACGGCUGCGGCCACCUCUGCUCCUACUGCCAGACCAAAUUCUGCGCUCGCUGUGGAGGGCGGGUCUCUCUGCGCUCCAACAAUGAGGACAAAGUGUGUCUCAUAGUGAAGGACAGGGUAAUGUGGGUAUGCAACCUCUGCCGUAAACAGCAGGAGAUUCUCACCAAAUCAGGAGAAUGGUUUUCGGGGUCAGGGGAGCGGCCUGGGAGCCUGGGCAGCUCCUUGAACAACCCAGCCACUGGAGGUGAGGCCCAACGGGACAGGAAGCUACUCCGCUCCAGGUCCCAAGCCCCGCCCUCCAGCACCAACGCCAACGCGGGGCCGCCGGACGGGACACAGCCGCCCGCUGGUGUAACUGCUGCCAAGGGUGCCGACAACAUGCCGGGUUCCCGCUCCCAAAGUGAACCACCUAGAGAAAAGAAAAGGCCAGUUUCCCUCCAUGAACAAAAUGGUAAGGGAGGCUUGGGGCGUGGUAGCGGCCGGAGACCUGCUGGGAAGCUGCCAUCUCAGUCAUCCCUGGAUGAGCGAGUGGUUCCCGGGGAAAGAGGAGAGAGACGCUUAGGAGACGGACGGAGGCUGGAGAAGAUCCAUUCUCAGGACUACGAGGACGGGGAAGGGAACUUGGGUCGUUCAGAAACACACCGGAGACGCCCGGAGGAUGAGGAGCAGAGGGAGCGCCAGCGCCGUGAGGAGGAGUUCCAGAAUCGUUACCGUAGCGAUCCCAACCUUGCACGAUACCCAGUGAAACCACAGAAGGAGGAGCAGGAGAUGCGAAUGCAUGCUAAGGUGUCCAAGGUCCGCCACGAGCGACGACACAGCGAUCUGGCGAUCAAUGAGGUCGGACUGGGCCCUGGUGACGGGGGAGGUGGAGGAGGGGAGGUGCCUGAAAACCGUCUGGCCAGGAGGGGUGGAGGUGGGGAGGGAGACCACAAGGCCCUCUUGGAGAACCACCGAGCUUACUCUGUGGAUAGGACCGUGGGGGUUGGAGGGGGAGCUCCACCUGCAGGGGGUGGAGUGAGAUCAGGACCCCAACCUGGGGGACCGGUGCCUCCAGAUUGGGGCCCGAACAAAGGCCGCCUAGAGCCCGGUACAACACGGACCCCAAGGGACAAGGGUGGGGAUAACCUGCUGAGGAAGGACUCUCAGAGCUCGGACCAGUCGGAGUCUUUGCGGCCGCCCCCUCCACGGUCAUACAAGAGCAAGCGCGGAGUCAACAAGAGGCAGAUGUCCAUCAGCAGCUCAGAGGAGGAAGGCGGCUCCACGCCCGAGUACACCAGCUGUGAGGACGUGGACAUGGAAAGCGUCAGCGAGAAAGGGGACUGGGACUGUCAUUCUCUAGAUCCUACAGUGUGGCAUCAUCCAGUUACAUGGCAGCCGUCCAAAGAGGGCGACCACCUAAUUGGACGCAUCACGCUAAGCAAGAGGUCGGCGAUGCCCCGCGAGGCCGGCUCCCUCCUCGGCCUAAAAGUGGUAGGAGGGAAGAUGACGGAGACGGGGAGACUCGGGGCCUUCAUCACCAAAGUCAAGAAAGGCAGCCUUGCAGAUGUUGUGGGACACCUACGAGCAGGUGACGAGGUGCUGCAGUGGAAUGGGAAGUCGUUGCCGGGAGCAACUAAGAAAGAAGUGUACAACAUUAUCCUUGAAUCCAAGGCUGAACCACAAGUGGAAAUAGUUGUUUCAAGACCUAUAGGGGACAUCCCAAGAAUCCCAGAGUCAUCCCACCCUCCUCUAGAGUCUACAGGCUCCAGUUCCUUUGAGUCGCAAAAAAUGGACCGACCCUCUAUAUCAGUGAUGUCCCCUACCAGCCCCGGGACCCUCCGAGACCUUCCUCUGGUACUGCCUGGACAGCUCUCUGUGAAGCUAUGGUAUGACAAAGUUGGCCAUCAGCUGAUCGUCAACGUCCUUCAAGCCAUAGACCUGCCACCCCGACCAGACGGACGACCUCGGAACCCCUAUGUCAAGAUGUACUUCCUGCCUGAUAGGAGUGAUAAGAGUAAACGGCGGACUAAAACAGUGAAGAAGAGCGCUGAGCCCAAGUGGAACCAGACCUUCCUAUAUUCCCACGUUCACCGGCGGGACUUCAGAGAACGCAUGCUAGAGAUCACGGUGUGGGACCAGCCCAGAGUCCAGGAGGAGGAGAGUGAAUUCCUGGGAGAGAUCCUGAUAGAGUUGGAGACGGCCCUGCUGGACGACAUUCCUCAUUGGUAUAAACUCCAAACACACGACAUGUCCUCUAUACCUCUGCCCCAGCCGUCCCCAUACCUCCCGCGCAGACACGUCCAUGGAGACAGCCCCAGCAAGAAACUACAGAGGUCUCAUCGCAUCAUUGAUACAGAGUUUGAUGAUGGUAUGAUGGUAGUGACUAAAGGUGCAGAGCGUAACUCCAGGGAGAGGGAGCGGGGCAGUACGCUGGCUGUGCCUGAGCAGCAACGGGCCGUCCAGCACCGCUCCCGGUCAGUGUCUCCUCACAGAGAGGACUCCUGCAGGGCUCGGUCACGGCCCGCACACGUGCCCAUGCAAAGGAGUCUGGAUGAGAUCCACCAGAACCGCCACCACUCCCACUCCCCAUCCCGCUACCACGACUCCCACUUAGAGCACCAACGCUCCGGGGACUCGGACUACGAGUACUCUGAGGACAGUGAGGUCCUGGAGAUGCACAGGUCUAUCCGAGGCGGGAGUGCCGAGUGCCUGCACACAAACAGCUCCACCCUCCCUGCAUGCCUAAAGAGCAAGCCGCCCCACAGGCAGGAAGGGGUCUGCACCAUGCCUCGUAGCAUCCUUACACACCGCGUGCUCAGGUUCACUGACGAGGUCACAGUUAGCGACCUGCAGCCGCCGUUGGACAGAGUGAGGAGUGCCAGCACCACUUGUCUCAGACCAGACAGCAACUUUCACUCCCCUGACAGAGACAGGUGCUCCAACUCUUUGCCCCACAAGACUCCCCCAAGCCCCAGGAUCUUAGUAGAACAUGUGGCCCCUGAGGAAGACAGGCAGUGUAGCAAUUCUUCAAGUCCAAACUGUCACAGGGGCAGCAAAAAAAGCCUGGAGGGGGACAGUCGUAUCCAGCCCACCUCUAUCCUGAGGGGCAGUAGGGGGAGAGGGGGCCCGCUGAGGCCCUUUGGCCAGACAGUCUUGGCUGGGUCCUGCCCAAACUCGCCACGGCUAGACAGAACACACCCUCACGGCAGCCCCUCCUCUCCAACGGGGACUCCCUCAUCAGGUCGCAGGGGCCGGCAGCUGCCUCAGCUCCCUGCAAAAAGCAGCAGUAUAGAGCAAGCCCUCGCAGUAGAGGAGCGAGCCCGACAGGUGCAGGUGAAAGUACAUUCCUACCGGCCUUCAGCCUCCCACGACCCUGAGACGGACCUCAAGACCAAACGGGAGAUGUACGCAGAACAGAGGCGUAGCAGCGACAACAUGUCGGCCAGAUCGUCGGACAGCGAUAUGAGCGAUGCGUCGGCCCUCUCCCGUGCCAGCAGUGCCUCCCGCCUCAGUAGCACCAGCUACAUGUCUAUCCAAUCAGAACGACCCGGGGGACGACUCAGAUCCAAGUCAUUAGAGGAGGAGGAGAAGAGGGACAGGAGGAUCUCGUGGGGGGUGAAUGGAGAGGAGGAGAGGAGGAGGGCGGCAGGAAAGAGACGUUUCUCUGAGGAGUUGAAGCGCAGGAGACACACUGUAGCUGGAGACACGAGGGAGUCCAGUCGGCAGAUGCGAUCGGUGGGCCGCAAAAUGCUGAAGAGCUCCAGUGUGAGCGGAGAGAUCUACACCCAGGAGCGCACUGACGGCAGCCAAUCAGACACGGCGCUGGGCACGGUGGGCGGCGGCAGCAAGAAGAGACGCUCCAGCCUCAGCGCGCGGGUGGUGGCCAUUGUUGGCAACCGCCGCAGCCGCAGCACUUCGCAGAUCAGUGGCCCUGAGGGGAAGAGUAAGAAGGAGAAGGGUGCACCCAUCCAAAGGAGCACGGAGACCGGCAUGGCAGUAGAGCUGACCAGGAACAUGAGCCGCCAGCCCAGCAGAGAGUCCAACAACGGCAGCAUGAACAGCUGCAACUCUGAGGGAAAUUUGCUCUUCUCUGGAGUCAAUCUGGGGGCCAGCAGUCAGUUCAGUGAUUUCCUGGAUGGCCUUGGACCGGCUCAGCUAGUGGGACGGCAAACACUGGCUACUCCUGCAAUAGGUGACAUCCAGAUCGGUAUGAUGGAGAAAAAGAGUCAGCUGGAGGUGGAAGUUAUCAGGGCUCGAGGACUCGUACAAAAGCCAGGAUCCAAAAACCUCCCUGCUCCAUACGUCAAGGUCUAUCUGCUGAAUAAUGGAGCGUACGUAGCCAAAAAGAAAACCAAGAUUGCACGGAAAACACUUGACCCACUGUACCAGCAAGCACUGCUAUUCGAGGAGAGCCCACAGGGUAAAGUCUUACAGGUGAUUGUAUGGGGAGACUACGGCCGCAUGGACCAUAAAAGCUUCAUGGGAGUUGCACAAAUCCUAUUGGAGGAGCUGGACUUAUCAAGCACAGUCAUUGGAUGGUACAAGUUGUUCCCGCCGUCGUCCUUGGUGGAUCCGACGCUCGCCUCCCUAACUCGGCGGGCUUCCCAGUCGUCACUCGACAGCUCCUCCGGACCUCCCGGGGUCCGAUCCUAGUGGACAUAACAGCUCUACGGCGCUCGACGAAUGACAAACUCAUGAACCGUACUGUAGAGAGAAAAAAAAAAAAAAAAAGGGAUGGCGGAAAUGUAGAACAACAACAAUCAGAAGCAGUCACAACGAGAAAGCUUUGUUGAGAUCUGACAAUCACUCCUGCCGCGGUUAAUUUUGUCUGUUGUAGGGAGCGUCACAUUUCAGUGUUUCAUAUCCAUUCAGAAAUAUCUCAUUCUCUGUGUAUGCUGAAGAAGCAGGGCUGUCGACAGACAACAAGCAGUAGCUCUCCGGACGGGAGACGAAAACAGUGUCAGAGAAUCAAAUGAAGCAGGGUGAUUUUUAACUGAAUCAACAAAAGCAAAGAAAUGUACGUUAAGCAUCAGAAUGUAUGGACUCGAGAUAGAGGUAAUCACCCUCCACGCCUGCAGGUGGCGCAGUCCUCUCUGCAGUGGCCUCCUCCAGAACCCCCAACAGACUGCUGGCACUCCUGCCGCCACGCAGGGUGCUCUCGCGUGGGUAUUCAGUCUGGAAGCACAGGGCCUUCUUCUGGUGCCUAGACCUUGGAGCCGCAUCACUGGUCCCUCUCUCUCUGUCGAAAAAAUCCUCCUUUCAGUAUGUUUACCAUGGCUGCUCUGAAGCCACACUGUUUUAGCGUGUUUGCUUUGUUCGUUCAUUUCUUUCCCUUCGUUACUACUGGCACAAAAUGUUUUUACGGUACGUAAAAUGCUCAUGAUAAUGUUGUCGAUCUGGUGUGUGCAUGGAGAGAAAAAAUAAACAAAACACAAGAGAUAAAAAACUAUUAAAUGUCCGCAAGUGUUAUGCAGCGGAGGACCGGUGAUGAUGACACAGCUUAGAUUUUUACACUUGACGGUGAGAUUAGCGUGCGGCGUUGUUUUCCUUGUUCCACCGCUGGCAAACGUCCAGGCCAGUCGUCUUUGUAUAGAUGUAUAUUAGGCCUCCUGGGAGGUUGACCAAUAAAUACAAUUUAUGUCACUUUGAAAUAUCACAAGGGUUCAACAUCACUGUAAAAAAAAAAAAAAACUACAACAAAAAAACCGAGAGCAAGAUAGGACUAAUUUUUCACAUUUUUUGAGGAGUGCAUUCCCUCACCCUAGCACGUUUUUAACCAACCCUUAGUUGACAUUAUUUUGAAAUUCAAACACGAGCACAAGAGCUUGAUUUUUUUACAACAAAAAGUUUAACUUUUUGAAAAAAAACAUAUAGUUAAAAAAAAGAAAAAAAGCAACAAUCCCGUCGCCGGUUCCAUUCAUCUCUUUGUCUCGUCGUAAAGGAAACGGACAAAGACACAGAAAAGAAGAAUCGCUCACAGUUUCCUUUGUGCAUCUCUGUGAAUGUGAAAGUAAACCAAUCAGAACCGAUCUGUCGGGACACCAACACCAAUGCUCAUCCUCCGUUCGGCCUGCAGACUCCUCCCACCAGGAAAAAGGCGGGGCCAGCAUGACUUUGGAACCUGUUCCAAGCUGCAUGCACCUUUUUGUAAAACAAAACAGAUACAGAAAAAAAAGAUACUGAACUAGAUACGUGUGUUAGUUCCACAUACUGUAGGGCCGCUUGUAUGUUGCAUGCAGUUGUACAGUUUGCUCGUACUUGAAUAUUAAAGAGAUAAAACCAAGAAACCGAAGCCAUUCCCAUUACGCAAAGACGUUUGAACUCGACUGCAGUCAAUGCCACAUCCCUCAGUCCGGUGCUGAAUGUCUCUCAAACUAAAUCCCAAGAUUACGGUGAUGUCUUUCCUCGACCCUCUGGAAGAUGUACGAUACUGUACAGCGGUACUGAGCAGACCUCACAGCCCCUCCUACUGUUAUUCCACAUCAUAGUAUACCUCCAAGGGGCUGAGGUGAUGUAUGAAUAAAUAUGUACAAAUCAGAUCCACUUAUAUGGAAAUAUGAAUUAUGUUUCAACAUAAUGAUUUCAGAUAUGCGAACACAUGAACUGUUAAGUUAUAUAAAGAAUAAAUGCAGAUGCACAGAGAGUCAUAAACUGUAAAUACAGCACAGCCAUUCAGCUGGGUUUUCAUUGGGUUCAGUGAUAUUUGCAAAGGGGCCAAGUCAUAUAAUGAGGAGCAAUUAAUACGUCAUUAGGGACCAUGCAGUGGGACAACACAAGACCGUGGACUUGAGUCACAACCCGGCCGAGCUCAAACACAGCAGCCGUGAGAACUACAGGUGUACCACUACUCUGAAAGUCGAUGUCUGAACACUUCUUUGUGCUUCAAACCCAAUGUCUGAACCCCCCGGCCAUGUUCAGUCCCACUUCAGAAGGGUUGACUUUUCUUUUCAUUGUCCGGUGAAGCUGGUUUUUCUUUUUUCUUUGUCAGUAUUAACAGGAAAAAAAAAAUUGCUGAUUGUUUACAACUUCUGUGUUCCACUGAAACAAAAAGAAAAAUUAGAAAAAAGUAAAGCAUUCACUGCAACGUUACUUGUUUGUAUAACAGAUGUGGCUCAAAUGAUGUGUAUGUUUUAUAUUUAAAAAAAAAAGUUCAUUUUUAUUAUUUACAAAUAAAAAGAAUGUGUGGA